AUGUCGGAGGCGCGCAGCCUGGCGUUGACGAAGAGGAUAUCGGUUGGGGGCGGCGCCAACUUGGUUACCACGGCGGCCAUGCUUCAAUCGCUGGCCAUAGCACUCAUUACGGAGCUCAACGAGAAGCGCGUCUUCAUAUUGUCAGGAGUGGGUACUUUCUCAGUGAAGAGCUCGCCAGCACGGGUGGUGCUCGCCGACCUCGGCCGCGUGGAGAUGGCGGCCGAGCAGCUGGCGCUCCUGUCCGGGCUGGUGUGGUGGCUGGCCAGCACGGCUAUGUUCCUGGUGCGCGCCGUCAAGCUGGACGACGGUUGCCAGGGCCUCCCGAUGAACAUUCAUGAUGCCAGCAUCAACUGGCUUGUGACCUUGGUGCAGUCGCGGACUCUGUACCAGGUGCUCGGCGCGGCGCACGUCGUGAGCUGUUUCGGGAACUUCUUCAGCAUUGUGCAGCUCUGCUUUGCCAUCGUGUGGAUGGGUGGCGCCAGCCUCCACGAGGCCUGCCUCACGCUCGUGGCCUUCGGCUUCGCCGCACCCCACGCGGCGCUGGCGGCGGAGAGGGUGGCGUCCGAGUGGCAGCAGGCGGCGCAUUUCAAGGGUGACGGCGCCGCCGCAGCCUGCGUGCCGGCCUCCGCGGGGAGCGGCGUGGUCCUGGCGGUGGCCCGUUCCGCUGCACUGGGUCCACAGCUCACCGUGGUGCUGGCCUGCGCGGACGCCACCGCAGAGGAGGUGCCGUUCUGGCAGUGCGCAACGAGCGUAGUGGCGGUCGCUGCUUACGCAAGUUCGUUGAUUGCUUGUGGUGCAGCGCCACCCCGCAGAAGGGGCGCCGUGUCGCCACCGAGCCUGUCGGAGCUGUGGGCGAGCCUCGCCGUGGACGUCCUGGCGGCGGCGACGCUGGUGCUGUCGUUCUUCCACCUCGCCUCCUGGCAGUGGUGGCUGCUUCUGGCGAUCUUUGCCGCCCUGCUUGCCUCGAUCUCCCUCGGCCCGGUCCGGGUGCUGUUGGUGGAGCUGGUCGAGCCCAUCAUGCCGCUCCUCGACGGCGGCGAUAAGGCCAGGCCGCCCACGGGGCCAAGGCGCGAGCUCUCGCGGCAGCUGGCCCGCGCCGCGGUGGCCUUAUGCGCCGCGGCGUCGUUCCGCAGCUCCUGGGGGCGCUGGGCGGCGCUCCGCGGCGCCGCGGUCGCGACCCCGCCUCCGCCGGCCUGGGCCGACCACGAGGGCGCGGGCAUCCGCUCCGAUGACCCUGGAGACAAUGUUAUGAUGGACGAGGGUGCCUGGAACGACCACCACUUCUCGGAUUACGGCGACAUGCCGUACGACGACGACGACCGCGACUACUUCACGGACUGGUCGGCGGAGGAUCUCCUUCUGCUCAAAUGGCGGGACAGCCACGACGGCGAGGCCAUGGGAGCCGCAGCGGAUGCUCUUGGCAUCAAGGAGAACGACCUCAUCGUGCGCGACUCCCUCCCGCAGCACCGCCUCCUGCUGUUCGAGGUACGCGCGAGGGCACGGGAGCUCCUGCCAGAGGGCGGCCCGGCGCUCGCGUGGAGGCGGGUCUCGGCCGCGCCCUCGGAGAGGCUCUCUGCGAUAGCGGAGGCCGGGUUCCCGCCCGCGCUCGACGCGGCGCUGUGCGAGCGGCUGUCGGAGCGGGAAUGGGACGAGACGGAUCUCUCCGCCGCCGACGCGGAGAUCCUCUCUGGCGCCCUCUCCCUCACCGACCGGGUGAGCUCACUGUUCAGCAACAUACGCAUCAUCGCCAUCCGGUGCUCGCAUGGCUCCGUCGACGGCAUGUGCCGAGACUGCAUUCGACAGGGCCCGAGCCAAGUUGUUCACUUGUCUGCAGAGCCCGGUAAUGACAGGGUCCGGUUCAAACCGCAGUCGCUGUUGGCACCACGCGACGCCUCGCGGAGAACCUCCGUGACCCUGCGCCCUGUGAUGCGGUGA